AUGCUCUUCUUGGGUUCUGGGUUCAAAGAAGGCCUCAAAGAUCCCGCCAACAGGCUAUCUUCUUGGGUGGGUGAGGACUGCUGCAGGUGGGAAGGCGUGGCUUGUGACAACCGGACUGGCCACAUUAUCAAGCUAGACCUCCAAAACCCACACCAAUUCUCAGUCACUGGCGAUCUGCUUCUUUACAACAAGUGGUCCUUGGGAGGUGAGUUGAGGCCUUCCUUACUUGGUCUGAAGCACCUGAAUUACCUUGACUUGAGCAUGAACAACUUUGGAGGACUUCGCAUCCCCGAAUUCGUGGGCUCAUUCCGUCAGCUCAAAUAUCUUAACCUCUCCAAUGCUGGUUUGGGUGGACUGAUCCCACACCAGCUUGGGAAUCUAUCGAGCCUCCAAUAUCUUGAUCUCUACAAUGGUUUUGAUCUCAGCAUUGAUAAUGCCCUCUGGAUUUCUCAUCUUUCUUCCCUACGAUAUCUGAAUAUGAUGGGUGUGGAAUUCGGAGAAGGUGCUCACUGGCUGCAAGCACUAAACAUGCUCCCUUCUAUUGUUGAGGUAUGCUUAUCCUCUUGUGACAUCAGCACCAUUCUGCUCUCUCUUCCACAUGUGAAUUUUACUUCACUUUCUGUUCUUGAUCUUUCUAAUAAUCACCUGAAUUCGACGAUACCUGGUUGGUUGUUCGAGAUAAGUAGCCUUGAGGACGUUGAUCUCAGUGAAAAUCUUAUUUGGGGCAUCAUUCCGCCUGCAAUUAACAAUCUUGCUUCGCUCAAGUUUCUUGAUUUAUCCGGUAAUCAGUUUCUUGAAGGCAAAAUUCCCGUUGCACUUGGGGGUCUGUGUAAGCUGAAGCAUUUGGGAUUGUCAGGCAUUAAUAUCAGCAAAAAUUUGCAUGAACUUGAUGAAGUUUUUAGUGGAUGCAUCAAAAACGGCUUAGAGACUCUGUAUAUGUGGGACACCCAGCUUAGCGGUUAUUUGCCAGACUGCUUGGGGGACUUCAGAAAGCUCAAAUCUCUCCAUUUGGGUUCCAACUCAAUUUCUGGUCCUAUUCCUGCAUCCAUUGGAAGACUGUCGGCACUUCAAGAUUUGGAUCUUUGGAAUAAUAAAUUGAAUGGGACUAUCCCAGAAAAUCUUUGGAAGGCUUACGAAGCUAGUUUCAUUAGACCUCAGCUCGAACUUUUUGGAGGGUGUCAUGUCUGA